AUGCCCGACCCCACCGACACCAAGAACGAAGCGCCCCUCCCCUCGCCAUGGUACGCUCCCCACCUGUCGAUCAAGCAGUGGUCCCCGUCCCACGAGGCAUACUUCUACGUCAACCCCACCACGACGCCGCCGACGCGCCAGUGGGAGUUCCCCGCGCCUGCGGUCGUUGGCGGCGAGUUCGCGCCGCCUGAUGGCGCCGCGCCGGCUGCUAGCCAGCCUGCGCAGCCGCCCAAGUAUGACGAGGAGGUCAAGGUCGACGUCAAGGACGUCAAGGUUGAGGAGAAGGCCAAGGUUGAGGAGGUCAAGGUCGUCGAGGAGGUCAAGGUCACCGAGGAGGCCAAGCCCGAGCCCGCGCCCGCGACGACCGACCGCGGCCUCGGCACCCUCCUCGGCCUCACCAAGCCCGCCCCGGCCCCUACCCCGGAUGCAGUGGACCCCUCUGCCCCCGCCGCCACUGGCACCGACGACGCCGCUGCCCCCGCGCCAGAGGAGGACAAGGAGCACCGCGGGCUCGGCAAGCUCCUCGCCACGGGAGGCGCGGGCAUCGCUGCCGCCCUGGCCGCCGCCAAGCUCAGCGACAAGUUCAGCAGCGGGAAGGACGACGCGCAGUCACCCGCUGUGGCUGGUGCCGCGCCGCUCGCGCCGGGGGAGCUCGCGCCGCCGCCGGAGGACAAGGGCGAGAAGAAGAAGAAGGAGGGCUUGGGUGUGGGCGGGACGCUGGCCAUCGGCGCCGCUGCGGCUGGCGGUGCGCUGCUCCUUGGCGAGCUGCUCGGCGGCCACGACAAGAAGGAGAAGCACCACCGCCCCCCGUCGCCGCACUACCCCGGCCCCUUUCCGUACAACUAUGGCCCGCCCCCUCCGCCCGGCUACUACGGCUACGGCGGGUACGGUGGUGGUGGGGGCUAUGGCCGUCCGUACCCGCAGCAGGGAUACCAGCAGCAGGGGUACUACGGCUAUCCCCAGCAGCAGCAACAGUACUAUGGCGGCGGAGGCUACGGCGGUGGCCACCACCGCGAAGACUCGGGCCCAGGCGUCGGCACGCUCAUUGGCGGCCUGGCGGCCGCUGGCGCGGGGUACGCCGCGUACAAUCACUUCAAGGGGAAGAAGGAGGGGAAGAAGGACGGCGACGUUGGGGGCGGGGAUGACCGCAAGCCUGAGGGCGGUGUGCCGCCUAGCUGA